UCCGAUAUAACACCUAACUUCCCCAGCCGGUUCCUACUCUCUCCUGCAGCUCCCACACGCAAGAUGCGCUUGAUCAAGAACAAGGUUGAGCUGAACGGCUCGGGCACUGUCACUUUGUGCCCUGAAGAGCCCGAAGACAUGUGGCAUGCAUACAACCUAAUUCGACCCGGCGACCUUCUCCGCGCCAGUGCCAUUCGCCGUGUUACCACGACCCAAGAGACUGGGUCUACGACGUCCGCUCGCGUCCACCUGACGCUCGAGAUCCGGGUCAAAUCUCUAGAUUUCGAUCCCCAGCUUUCCCAGCUGCAUGUGAGUGGGCAGAUUGUGAACGAGACGCAGCACACCAAGGUUGGCCAGCACCAUACGCUGGAUCUGGAGUUGAAUCGCAACUUUACGCUUGAAAAGGAAGUUGGCUCAGACGGCGAGGGGGUGGGAUGGGAUAGUAUCGCCAUCCAGAUGCUUAAAGAUGCGGUUGAUGAAGGCGGGAAACGGAGGGCGGAGGCUGUGGCCGUUAUUAUGCAGGAGGGUCUAGCUCACAUAUGCUUUAUUGGGCAGUUUCAGACGAUUCUGAAGCAGAAGGUUGAAAUGUCAGUUCCGCGGAAACGACAAGGGGGUAGCGAUCAUGACAAGGGCUUGACGAAAUUCUACCAAGUCACGCUAGACACCCUUCUUCGCCAGAUGGAAUUCAACACCAGCUCUACCUCUCUCACGAGCAACGAGUCCGUCCGGCCUGUCCUCCUUGCAUCGCCUGGGUUCGUUGCCGCCGGGUUCCAAAAGCACAUCCAGUCCGUCGCGGCGACCACUACACCCGCUCUGAAGCGUCUACUCCCGAGCAUUGUGGUCGUCCACUCCGCCUCCGGGUACCUACAUUCCCUGGCAGAAGUUCUACAGUCACCCUCCGUCAAAACGAUCCUCGCCGAUACCAAGUACGCUCGAGAAACCAAACUUAUGGACGACUUCCAGGAGCAACUUCGGAAAGAGACCAACAAGGCGACUUACGGGCCGCGCGAGGUCGAAUCGGCAGUUGAUCAAGGUGCCGUGGGCCGUGGUGGUGGCGUACUAAUCAUCUCCAAUCGCCUGUUCCGGUCCCAGGACGUGGCCGAGCGUAAACGCUGGGUAUCACUGGUUGACCGGGUGCGGGACGUGGAAGGUGGAGAGGUUCGCGUGCUCAGCUCAGAUCAUGAGAGUGGCAGGAGACUGGAUGGGCUGGGGGGCAUUGCCGCUCUGUUGACGUUCCCCAUUAUCGAGGAGGAUUACGACUCCGACGAGGAGCAAAGUUGA